AUGGUGGUAGCUAGCCAGGAGGACUUUUGUAAGAGAGUUGUGUUCCUGUGGCGGAGACUGAAGGACUUACCGCUUGACGAUCAACUAGAUCCACCACCAGAGUCACCAUUGCCUCGGUCGAGGGGUCGCCCCAAGAAGGAUCCAUCCAAAAUUAAGCCUAGAGUGGCGCGCGGGCGGCGAACGGCUAACACAGGCGGGGUGCCGGGGGAUGACAGCAACAUGGAGGAGUACGUCAACAUCAUCACGCUCUCCAGAGAAGAACAGUUUCAGGAGAUAGAAAACCGCAAGACCUCGUCCAACUAUCUGAACUCGGUGUUCAAGUGCGAGCAUUGCUACAAGGGCUUCAUAGACGGCAAGGCUUGGAAGCAUCACCUGUCGCGACACGAGCCCAAACCAGGUGACGUGGAGUGCGAGAUUUGCAAAUUCCGCUUCAAGAGCAAGCGCCACCUGUCCAAACACGUGGCCCUUCACGAGAAGAAAUACGCCUGCAAGGCCUGCCCCUACGUCUCCAAGUGCACAACUCAAGCGAAACAGCAUCAAAGAUGGCACAAAGGCGUCACGUACAAAUGUCAGCACUGCGAUGAAAUAUUGUCCAAAUGGACGUCGUACCUGAGCCACGUGCGGCUGAAGCACCCGUCGGAGUUUAUCUGCGGCGCUUGCGGGUACUCCUUCGUCAGCCGGCUCGGGCUCAGCAUGCACCGCACCAUGAUGCACAAGGACGCCGAACCAGAAGAAGCUGAAGGUGAUAGCACUGAAGGCGGUUACUGUGCGCUUUGUGAUGUCAAAUUCUCGUCAAUGGAGGCCUACCGCCGGCACAUGGUCACCUCGGCCAAGCACACGCAGGACCAGGACUUUAAGAAUGGCUGCCGCGAGUGCGGAGAGACGUUCACCAGCGAGGAACAAUUCCGCGCGCACCACCGCCGCCAACACGCUCGCAAGCGGCCCAAGAACUACGGCAAGAAGCCCUGCCCAUUCACCUUCCCUACGCUCUGUCCUCACGUGAGCACACGCUAAAGCCCGGUCCGUGAG